AUGAUUUCUGUAAAAGUGGAAAAAGAGAAAGAUAUAAAACUUUCAAAUAACAAUGAUAAUAAUAAUAAUAAUAGUGUAACAGCUUCAUCAUCAUCAUUAACAUCAUCACAUUUAAAUAUAAUAAGUAUAAAAAAACCAAGUUCAUCUGUAACAACUUCAAAUUCAACACAGUCCACAAUAACAACAUCCACAAACACCAACACCACUUCAACACCCACAACAACAACAACAACACAAAAUUCAAUUUCAAACUCAAAUCCAAAUCCAAAUUCAAAUUCCACCACACCAACACCCACUCAGACACCUGUAAAAGUCAUCAAUAAUAAUGUUGUGAUGAAAACUUCUGCUGGGGUUAACGGUGCUCCUCAACAAUCGACAUCGAUGUCAAACUCGAAAAUCAUCAUUAAAACAACAGCGACAACAACAACAACAACAACGAAUCCAGUUUCCUCAAGUGGAUCCACUGGUACUUCGGCUGCACCGACUUCAAUGCCCGUUGUCAAAUCACAACCACCUCCAGUAUCGUCAAUCAAUGGUAAACCAAUGGCAUCCACUUCCACCGGUGGUUCACCUAUAGUAAAAACAACAACAACAACAACAAUGCCAAUAGUAAAUGUAAAAAAAGAAGUGAUCAACGUCGAUGCUCUACCAAACAAACCGGUCAUUUCAAAUCCAUCAUCGUCAACACCAAUUUCAAAGCCCGCUGCUACAACUGCUGCGUCAAGUUCAACAACUGUAACAUCCACUACCUAUUCGGCAAGACCAACCAUUCCACCAUCGCUGUCCUCUGCCAAGCCAUCUCAAAUCAUCACAAGAUCGUCGUCGACACCAUCGUCCAUCGGUUCAACUACGACCUCCACCACCACUACCACCGCACCAGGUGGAAUCCGACCGACCACCUCCAAACCACCUGGAACCACUUUUUCUCGACCUUGCCAAGGCAAGUGCUGUGUUGGCAUCACUCCGAUCACUCCAUUCCACACCACAAGCAAAACUGCUCCAAAUUCAUCACCCAUCAGAACAACAACAACCAUAACAACUAGCAAUCCCAACACACCAAUGCGUACAACUACAGUUCCAACAACAUAUUCAUCACCAAUCGUUAAAACUACAACAACACCAAGUAAUCCAACAACUUCAACUAUUUCUCGUCCACCACCACCAAUAACAACAACAACAUCGACAUCUUCAACAAAUCCUAUAAACAGAACAAUUUUAACAAGCACACCAAAUUCACAACAAAGUAUAUCAUCAAACAACAACUAUCAUUCAACUACAACAACAUCGACAACACCAACAACUACCAUUAUCAGACAACAACCAAUACAACAAUCGAUAUCAACACAUCAACAACAACCACAACAACAACAACAUAUAGCUCAGCCACAAACAACCGUAAAUCAAAAUAUAAUAAAUAGAACAACAACGACUAUCAGCAACAACAACAACAACAACAACAACACAAUGACAUCUCCUCAUCUAUCUUUAUCGACAUCAUCAAUUCCAACCUACAUAUCAUCAGUAUCUACACCACUUCACUCUUCGACUUCCAGUAUCAUAACAACACCCAUAACAACAAACAUCAAUCCACAACUACCACAAACUCUAAACAGAACUUCCGACGGCAGACUAUCAAAAACGGUUGCAUCAACUGACGGCAGAUCCUAUCACCACAUGCCACUCCCAAAUCAAACGAUCAACCAAAACAAUCGUGGAUCGGAAUUCCCCAACAGUCUAGAGUACCUCCUCGAUAUCCCAGUGGUACAAGACGAACCAUCCUCAAAGAACAAUCCUACCUGGGGAAGACUGAUACUCGACGCACUUCGUCGUCUCGUCGCCAACAAGAAAACAACACGUAUCACCGAACGUCUGAAAAUGGAUCAAAUGUACAAAGACAUGGAUGCACGUACUCCUCAGGACAAGAAGGACUGGAAGAACGGACUGCUUAGCGACUACCAAUAUAAAUACAUGCUGUCGUUCCUCUCGAAUUCGCUGGACUUCCCACUGGCACCACAAAAAGAGAAGAAGAAGAAACUGAACGAAUCGGUCGGAGGCAUACCAACAACCAUGCCAACACCAUCGGGUGUCGCCACCAACCCGGCCAACUAUGUAGUUGGCUCAUACCAAUCGAUGUUGUCGCUAAGUGACAGUGCCAUCAUGGUGCCAUCCACCUCCACACCGCCAUCACUCCAAUCUUCGCCAAUCACCAACACCGACAUGAGUUCACCUGCCACCUCAUCUUCCGAACCAACUUCACCAAACAUCUCAACAGUACCAAUCAUAAUAUCAACAACAACAAAUAAUUUCAACAACAACAACAACAACAACAAUGAUAACAAUAAUAAUAAUAACAUCAAUAACAACAACAAUAAUAAUAAUACAAUGGAUACAACAACCAAUAACAAUAUUCAACCAAUUAACUAUACUAUGAACAACAAUAAUGAUAAUAAUAUUAUGAAUACAACAUCAACUAGUAAUAAUGGAACCGAUAUAGAUGUAUCACAAGUUAUGAUGGAUAAUAAUACUACAUAUGAAUUCCCUCAUAUGAUGGAGAUAAACUUUGAUAAUUACGUACAACAGAAUUCAUCUGAUACAUAUAAUAAUAAUACAAACACUGAUAUAUAUUCAACAGAUACAACAACCACAACAACAGAUAAUAACACUAACAAUAUUAAUAAUACUGAAGGAGUAGUAUCUAUGUCUACAGAUAGUAUGGAUAUAGAUAGUAACAACACAGUUUCAGUCACAACACCACCCGAUGUUGUUCAUACAAUACAGCCAACUAGUAAUAGCAAUGAGAUUAUUGGACAAUCUUAUCAGUUGACUGAUGUAACAACAACAACAACAACAACAAACGAAUCACUAACAACAACAACAACAAUCACAGAAGAUUCUUCAUUAUCAACAACUAUAUCUACACAAGAGAAUGACAUACAACAACAACAACAGAAUAUACAAAAAGUAGAAGAUCAAUCUCAAGAACAACAACAACUUCAGCAACAACAACAACAACAAACAGAACAAAUCACACCAAACAUUGAAAUAGUUGCAGUACCUACACACAAUGUAGUUGAAGAUACACCACAAACCAUUGAUAUGGGCGAUAUCAUGGAUAUCAUGAGUGCACCCGUUUCAGCUCCCAACAAACGAAAACGAACCGAUUCAACCAAUAGCUUCUCUCUACAACAAAACUUUAUAGUGGGCGAUGAAGAUAUCCAAAUGUUAAAGUUAGAACAACAAUCUUUUGAAUCCUCCAUUAGAAUUUAA